CGGUGAGGCCAGGAGGGGGCCGCUUGCUGCUCUCAUGGCUCAGCCUGGGCGUCACCUCUGGUCCUGGGGAUGUGCUCCUCCUGGAGCGGCUACAAAGCCGUGUCCCCAGCAGGGAUCCGCAGGCGCCCAGGCGCUUCUGUGUCCUGGUCGUGUCCAGAGAGCAGGAGGCUCUGGCAGGUCAGAACGGAAUCCCAGAGUCACAGAUUCCAUCACCAGGGUCAAGAGUUUCUGAGGUGCACAAGGAGGCUGCCCGCCCCCCCGGCCACACCUUCAUCUUCACGACAUGAAAUGUGCCACCUCAGCUCGCACAUCCCAAAAGUGGAACCUCGAUUUCCCUAGAAAGAGGCUUCCCAGAAACACCCAUCCUUGUGGGCCACAGUGGGAGUGCCCACGUCUGAGUGAGUCCAGAGUUCUCAGCUCCUCCAGGGCCAUACCCGGGUAUGAUCCCAGUGGAGUGUCUUUCAGAAAGAAACAAAGAGUCAGGACCCUGGGCUCUGCCCUUGUGCCCACCACUGAUCUGCUGAAUCCCGUUGGCCUCUUCAUUUGGCCUUUCUUUGUCUCAGCUUUUCCUCGUUUGUUUUUUCUGCUCACUCUAUGAGUCUGACUGUAAAUAGAAAUUGAGUUUAUGUAUCUGCUGCUCAAACGGCUAACGUGAGCUGGGCAGUGUCAUUGAGACUUCCGUGCUUCGGAGAACCCAAACCUCAGCUUCCCAAGCUCUGAAAAGGCUGUGCUGCCUGCAAGUAGGAGGUGUUUUGCCCAAGGGAAGCUAGAGGACAAAUAUUUUCAAAUACUUUAAAGCGUGAAUGACUGUCCAAUGGAAGAACUGAUCUUGAGGUACCUAGGAGUAAACUUGGGAAGAUGGAUUUUUGACUCAUUGUAAAGAACUUCGGAGUGCCACAGCUAACCCAGGAGGGAUGAGCUAGAGGGAAUUCAAAUCUGAGGGGGCACUCCACUAGACAACUUUAGGGUUCCUGCUGACCUUGAAGGAGGAGCUUGUAAGAUCCGAGGCCUUAGCCGAGAAAUGAAGCUGCGACUGGUUCCAGCUUAGCUCUGAUUGACUGCUGACCUGGAAAUCCCGGGGCAGGGAGCCUGCCUCCCUGAGGGUCCUCCGGCACCCCCCUCUGCCAGGCUGGGCUUUUUAUUUCUAGGAGAGCCUGUGGGUGUUCUGGUCGCCAGGGGGCAAUGAUGGUUCCUCGCAUAUGGAGACCAUUUCCAAGCUCUUUGUGAGCCCUGUGGGCCACUUUCUAGGAAACCAAACCCCUCUCCCCCAUUUCACAGAAGGAGACUUCAAGGCCCAGAGAGGUCAAAGUGUCUUGUCCAAGCUCCUCCAUGAAGAGUGAUAAAUGAGAACUGGGCUUCCCUUCCUCAGUCUCCAUGUUCUUAACAUGCUCAGGGUGGGGGUGCGCCCCCCACACCCUGCCGGGGUUUGCAGAGGUAAACCACACAUGCUUCUCCCUAGUUAGCCAAAAGCGAAGCCGCCUCCUCAGGGCGCUCCCUUUUCCUGAGUUUCCUCGCUUUAGAGGCUCUUGGACCCUUUUGAUACCUGAUGGAAACCAGAGACCCUUUCACCAAAUAUGUGCAGACGCACUGUGUGCACUCUCAGGGGUCUCUGAAGCCCCUCGAUCCGCCUUAUCCCUAGCACGCCUCUUGGGUGGCCCCCGCUCCCAUCCGAGGGCCUUGAUGACUCCUGAAGAUAAAAGGGAAUCCGUCUAUCUCCUUCAGCUGGGACCUGGGGGACUUGGUUCACACUCACAGGCUCUGAACAAGAAACCACCAUGUCCACACUUUGGCCAGUGAUCAGAGCCCCUGGCUGCUCUGUGUGGCCGGAGGCAAAGGACUCCUGCCGCCUGGCAGUAGAAGGUGGCAUCACAGGGGAGCAAGGCUGUCUCCUCAGGUUCAAGGUUAAGGAAGCCACAUUGCCUUCAGCCUGUGUCCGAGGGCGAGCAGAGGCCUACAUGUGAAGAGACAUGUAGGAGACAGCCUUGGGCGGAGUUCGAUCUGGCCUUGUUAGAGGCCUGUGGCUAGUUUAGAACAGUCUAGAGAUCAUGGAGACAGUUGAGAGGGGAGAAAUGAGAACUGUUAGAAUCUGAAACUGGGUUAUGGGAAAUGAGUUAGUCCCCAAGGAGCUCGGUCUGGUGAGGUCCCGGGGAAGACCACCCACCCUACAAACUGGUACAGUACAAAGAAGCCCAGAAAACACUGGCUGUGCAUUGCAUGUGGGGUGUGGCUGACUUACCCAUCCGGAUUUGACAUGCAUGUUCACUGCCUUGUGCGAGUGUGAACCUCGGCCGUUUGCCCCGCCGGUCCCACCAGGGGAUGCACGGGGGCGUGGAGGCUGGCUCUCAGGAGGGGCUCUCUGUGCAGGCCGAGCCUCUCCAGAGCCCUCUGUCACGGGAGAGCCCAACUGCGAGGUGGACGCCGGGCUUGGCCAGGGCCGCGUCUUGCCUGAAAGUGGGGGGCACAUGGCACCCGCCAGGGACCCCCUGGUGGCCUGGAGGGGAUGGGGGUGUGGGAGUGGAGGCAGGAGAGACUCUGGAAGACCUGGUCCAUGGCCACAUGGGACCGGGCGUUGGCUCCUGCCAUUUUUGCCCCCUUCCCGAUUCUGACUCUCCCUUCCAGUCGGGACAGUUCAACGAGGACAUGAUCCCCACUGUGGGCUUCAACAUGCGCAAGAUCACCAAGGGGAACGUGACCAUCAAGCUCUGGGACAUCGGGGGACAGCCCCGCUUCCGCAGCAUGUGGGAGCGCUACUGCCGCGGAGUGAGCGCCAUCGUGUACAUGGUGGAUGCCGCUGACCAAGAGAAAAUUGAGGCCUCCAAGAAUGAGCUCCACAACCUACUGGACAAGCCCCAGCUGCAGGGCAUCCCGGUUCUCGUCCUGGGGAACAAGCGAGACCUUCCGGGAGCGCUGGAUGAGAAGGAGCUGAUCGAGAAAAUGAACCUGUCUGCCAUCCAGGACCGAGAGAUCUGCUGCUACUCCAUCUCCUGCAAAGAGAAGGACAACAUCGACAUCACCCUACAGUGGCUUAUCCAACACUCAAAGUCGCGGAGAAGCUGAGACCGCGGCCGUGCCCUCGGACCAGGGACCGCGUCCCAACCUGAGGCCGAGCUCCCCCUCCCCCUGCGGCCCCCCAAGCCCACCCUCCGUACUCCGCGCGGGGAGGGUCCUCCGGGGGGCCCCAGAGUCCCGUUCUGCUGAACUCCUGAUUUGACUGUAAAAUAAAUGGCUCCCGCCCGCCCCUAACCUCCCCCUCCCGGCUCCGUUUCCCGUCCCCGCCCCCUCCCGCUCCCCUUUCCCACUCUGUUAUUGUCCUGUGUGUACAGUAUAUAUAUGUAUAUAUAUUUUAAUUUUUUAAUUUAAGCAAAGACUAAAAUCAACCAUUUGAUGCUGCAGGGCCCAGCCAGGAUCUGGGAGGGGGCGGUGGGGAGAGCAGGAAGGAGCCGCGCGGGUCGGCUGGGGCCGGUCUGCCCGGAAAGGCACCAGCCUGGCAGGAGCGGCCGUCCCGAGCCCCGUCUGUCCCCGCAGUGUUUGGAUGUCAGGCGGAUGGGAGCGAGCCUUCAGGGACUCCCCUCUCGGCCCCAGCCGGGCGGAGGGCAGGGGCCGCCUCCGAGGUGCCCCCGCCGGCCUGGCGGGCUUCCAGCUCCUGCCCCUCCCCAGGCCCCCACCUCCAUGGGCCACCUCACUUUCUGUUCUCGCUUUGCAGAGUUGCACAGGAGAGAACUCAGCAUGGGGGGUUGGUUCUUUGGAUUUUUGUUUUCUGUUGGUUUAUUUAAUUUAAUGAUUUGUAAAGUGAUGUCCCUCUUCCUUUUUUACACUUUUCUGCUCAUAUUUAACCUCUGUUUGGAAGAUGAUUCUUGUAACUGUACAUUUUUUUGCCUCCUAACAAGAAUAAACGACAAUUUUGUGUUG